CUUCUUUCUUAAUGUCUUCUAUCUCUUACUAUUAUUAUUGUUCAAAAUAGAAAGAAGUCGACAUUUUUGGGUCUAAAAAGGUUUACGUUUUUUUUUUUUUUUUUAAUGUGUGUGAAUGAAUGAAUGAAUGAAUGAAUGAAUGUGGGAGGGAUUGGCUAAAAAUUGGCAAUCGGGUGGGGGAGAGGGGACCCUGAGAUUAUGAUGAUGAACUGUCAAUUGGUAAGAAAGAAAGAAGAAGACGGUUCCCUGAUUCAUCUCUGAUUUUAAUGGUUCGAUUCUAUUUCUGAUUCCCCAUCCCCCCUCUCUCCCAUGAGGGCUUUUUUUUUUUUUUUUGUCUUUGCAGCCCCUCGUUUUUUGAUUACUGAAAUCUUUGAAAGUUUCCUUUUUUUCUUUUGUUUUGGGUGUCGUCGAUUUCGAGAAUCUGAGAGUUGUCACUUCAAAAAGGUUUGAUUCCGAUUAGAAGACGAUUCCAGGGCCGUGUUUUUGAGAAACAAAAGGGUUUUGUUCGAUUUUUUUUUGUGUUUGAAAAAGUUUGGUUUUUUCUUUGGUUUGCUUUUAGAGAUUUGAUUGUUUUGUUGAAGAAGUACAACAUUACAAUAUGGAUCUUGUCUUUGGUGGAAAAUUUAAACUUGGGAGGAAAAUUGGUAGCGGUUCAUUUGGAGAGCUUUAUCUAGGUGUAAAUGUUCAAACUGGAGAAGAAGUUGCUGUCAAGCUGGAAUCUGUGAAAACUAAGCAUCCCCAACUCCACUAUGAGUCCAAGUUGUAUAUGCUGCUUCAAGGAGGAACUGGUGUUCCUAACCUCAAGUGGUAUGGAGUUGAAGGGGAGUUCAAUGUUAUGGUUAUUGACCUUCUAGGUCCUAGUCUUGAAGACUUGUUUAACUAUUGUAACAGAAAACUCUCUUUAAAAACCGUUCUCAUGCUUGCCGAUCAGCUGAUUACCAGAGUCGAGUUUAUGCAUUCUAGAGGCUUCCUUCACCGUGAUAUUAAACCCGACAACUUUUUAAUGGGCCUUGGGCGCAAAGCAAAUCAGGUGUAUAUCAUCGACUUUGGUCUGGGGAAGAAAUACAGAGACCUUCUGACUCACAGCCACAUUCCAUACAGAGAACACAAAAACCUCACUGGAACAGCUCGGUAUGCAAGUGUGAACACUCACCUUGGAGUUGAACAAAGUCGAAGGGAUGAUUUGGAGUCUCUUGGUUAUGUGCUUAUGUAUUUCCUUAAAGGGAGCUUACCCUGGCAAGGAUUAAAAGCUGGGACAAAGAAGCAGAAGUAUGACAGAAUUAGUGAGAAGAAAGUAGCAACUCCUAUAGAGGUAUUGUGUAAAAAUCAACCGACUGAGUUUGUUUCGUAUUUCCGUUACUGCCGGUCUCUAAGGUUUGAUGACAAACCUGAUUACUCUUACCUUAAGAGGCUAUUCCGGGACUUGUUUAUUCGAGAAGGUUAUCAGUUUGACUAUGUAUUCGACUGGACAGUUCUGAAGUAUCCUCAGAUCGGUUCCAGCUCUGGUUCUAGUCCACGGACACGGAAUCAUCAUACAAGUGGAAAACAGGGGUUAACUGCUGCAGGACCUUCUCUCGAGAAACAAGAGAGGACUGCUGGAAAGGAAAUCCGCGAGAACCGUUUCUCAGGUGGUGCGGUUGAGGCUUUCUCUAGAAGGCAUCCGACAACUUCUACUCCGCGUGAUCGCUCGAGAAACUCCGAUGAUGGACCUUUGUCCAAGCGUUCGCACGGUGGUGGUGACUCGGAAAGAUUACGUAGUUCCUCGAGAUACGGAAGCUCAUCAAGGAGAGCAAUUGCUUCAAGUUCUCGUCCAAGUUCCGCUUGUGGACCGAGCGAUAUUAGUCGAUCAUCUAGCCGUCUGGUCACUUCAAGUGGCGGAGUGGGAACAGGAAGUAACCGUGCAUCAUCGACAAACCAGAGAAUCCAAUCAGGAAAUGAAUCCAAGACUUCGACCUUUUCUCGUGCUGCUAGAAACACUCGGGAAGAUCCAUUGAGGAGGAGCUUCGAGCUUCUCUCUCUCCGAAAAUGAGACCCGACAAA